AUGGUUUACCGUGGGAAACCUAGCACGGGCUGUCAAAAUUGUCGAUCUAGACAUAUUAAGUGCGACGAAGCUCGUCCUCACUGUAAGGCCUGUGUCCGGACCGGCCGGACCUGUCCCGGAUAUCCGCACCCGCUCGAUGUGAUGCUAAGAGAUCGAACGGCCUUCCAGCGCAAGAAAAGUAAUGUUUCUAAGGCCAAGGCAGUUAAUACCACAAUAUGCAAAAAGGGUUCGAAGGAGCCAUCUUCUCCAUUGACGGUGUCGGAGACGACCACGUCGCCUUCCACUGCAUCCGCUACAUCAUUCCUGAACUCCCCAGAGGUGGAAAAUUCGCCCGUCUCCGUUAACGCUGUGAGAGCUCUAAGCCCUAGUCUUCCCAGUAGUUUGUACCUACCCUUGGAGAGUACAGUUACCUCUUUGUUCUUCAAUUCCUAUCUUCAUCAGCCAAGAGACCCUCUCAUUCGGAUCGGGUUUAUGGAGCUUUUGCCCGAUCGAUACUUCAAUGCUCGGCCUGGAACUCCUUUAUAUCUGGGUACACUGGCUGUGUCAUUGUUCUCUGUCUCUGCCUGGACAGGGAAUCGUUCAUUCCUCCACUUGGCGGAGCAGUUCUUCGUGAGAGCUUUAUCAAAUACAAGGGUAGCCUUGCAGGGCAACCUUGGUGAAAACGUGGUCGAGACGAUAAUGGCAGUUCUUUUGCUUUCUGUCUAUGAGGAGUUUUCUGCUGUCAAAGAGCACAGAAUUGCAGCAAAAACUCAUCUGCAAGGGGCAAUUGCUUUAGUCAACAGCGGCUACAUGCCACAAAGUGAGGACACUAAUUCGCAAAUAGUAACAAACUCAAUACAAUGUCAAAUUAUUAAAGCCUCGACGAUACCGGCUUAUCCGACCAUCGAAAUACCAGACGUGUGGCCUAUGGCAGCCCCAAUACCCCAGUCUGCAUCAUCACAGCUGACAGCGGCCGCAACUGAGUUAGUAGAUCUUAGACAGGUGUGGGAUAAGUUCGCAUCACAACCGGAACUGUACGGCGCAGAUGAAAUCAGUCGCAUAUAUUCCAUGGCCAUGAUUCUCGACAAUAAACUUUAUGCCUGGACAUGGGCUCUUCCCCAACAUUGGGCCCCAGUUCCGGCAACCAUGGUACCCCAAUCGGUCCGAGAGGCAGGUAUGUUCAAAAACAGGUGUGAUUGUUAUACAGAGAUGUGGAUAGGGAGCACAUGGAAUACCUAUCGAGAAUCUCGGAUUGUUGUCCAAAGCAUCAUCCUCAACUGUCUCCGUCUGCUCCCGAACCUUGGCACUCCUGACAGGGUUGAAGCAGUGAUAUCUACUAUUAGAGAAAUGGCCACCGAUAUUUGCGCUGCAGUCCCCUUCUUCCUAGGCAGCCAGACAAUGUCAGUUCAUCUGGACCCCUCCAAGGUUGAGUAUCCCGAGGCUGAGGAGCGCCGGGUGACUUCGGCCCAUCAACAGACGGCUCCCCUUCUUGGCGGGUGGUUAAUUCGGUCCGAACUUGAGUAUCUCUGCUCGCCUGACCUGUGCUUGCCUGAGGAGCAGCAGACUUGGGUUAAGAGCCAGAUGCAUAGAAUCUGGCGAAUCUACACAUUCGAAUCCCGGGUUAUAUGA